GAGUGGAGUGAAUCAAAAGUUUAAAAAAUAUAUUUUCCUAUUUAAAAAAUGCCAAUCCAUAAAGACAAGGUGAACGGGGUAUUGUGAACUGAAACUGAUUGUUGGAGUGGUAAAUUCUCUGGAGGAACCGCUAAUCUUCUAAACACUUUUAUAGUCUUGCCUCACCCCCUGCAGCUGCAGCCAAAGACUAGUGCCUUCAUAUGAAUGUGAAUCAUGGAAAAUUGUGCUAGCAAGGUGCGCUGCCUAGAGCCCUAGAAGUAAAUCACUACCAGUCUCCUUACAAAAAAAGCUUUGCUUUGUUCUGUGGGUGAGGCUUCCGGAAGCUAUUAUUCCCAGAAUGAGACAUCAGGGCAAUAUGGGGCAGAAAUGGGAAUUUACCCUGGUCACCAGUGGAUAAUAGUAAAAGAUACGAGGCAACAAACAAGAACGGACAAAGGCCCAUAAACUGAUUACAACUAUAGUCUUAAUAAAUUGGACCUUUGCUAUUACAGCCCGGAGGUGCCAUCCCAAACUCCAUUUAUAAAAAAACAAAAACUAUUAUAAAAAUAACAUUUUACCCCCACACUUUCCCCCAGCUUAUCCCUGCCCCGCGAGAUCUCCUUGCCCCGCCCUUCUCCAAACAUGGAGUGGCUGUGAGUGAAAGGGGGCUGGUUCUGCCUCUACUGUACUCACUGUGUCUGUAUGAGGAUGGCUGCAGCUAAAGAAACCUCAGGAAACCCAGUGUGAACCAGAGCACAGACCUCCACAGACCCUCUACUCACUGCUGCCGUACUGCAGACAUCCUACCUGGCCUGACCAGCUCCCAUCCUGCAGACUGACACCAUCACAGGAGCAGGACAAGAGCAGGAGUCUAAGUGGAACUUAACCUGAACAACACUUGAAACUGUCUUAUUUUUCCUCUGCUUCUCUUGCUCCCUCUGAUUCUCUCUUUCUCUCAUGUGCAUCUUUCCCAAUCCUGAACACUGAGCUGAGUAUAUUGGAGACCUGAGCCUUCAGCACUGUAUUAGGAGGAGAACAGGUGGUGAUGUCCCCUUCUCUGUACUGGUUCUUGCUGCUCUGUAGACUCCACAGUCUCUGGGCUCAGGAUGACUAUAGUACCCAUGAUGAUAGAACCAUGGACAGGAGAGCCAAGAACCAACUACUGACAACCAACGUCAUACCCAAGAAUGGCCAAUCACUUUUGAACGAUGACUGUGGCCUGGAGCUGGCCUUCCUGGUGGACAGCUCGGAGAGCGCCAAGGACAACCACGCCCAGGAGAAGAGGUUCGCCACAGAUGUGGUUGAACGCCUGCAGGGGGUCAAUCUCCAGACGGGCCGGGCUCUCAGCUCGCGAGCCGCCCUCCUGCAGUUCAGCAGCCAUGUGAUCAUCGAGCAGACCUUCAAGCAGUGGCGGGGAUUGGCCAACUUCAAGGCUCACAUCGCACUCAUCGGAUACAUCGGCCACGGCACCUACACCACCUACGCCAUCACCAACCUGACCAAGAUCUACAUGGAGGAGUCAGAGCCAGGGAGCAUCAGGGUGGCCAUACUGCUGACGGAUGGCAUCUCCCACCCCAGGAACCCAGACAUCUUCUCCGCCGUGGUCGACGCCAAAAACCAGGGUGUGAAGUUCUUCAUGGUGGGCAUCACGCCCGCGGCCAAUGACAUCUCCAACGUGGCACAGCUCCGUCGGCUGGCUAGCUCCCCAGCCAAUCGCUACCUACAUAACCUUCAGGACAGGGGCAUCGUGGAAAAGGUCAUCAAAGAGAUUACAGAGUUGGCUGAUGAGGGGUGUCCUCUGGCCCUGAAGUGUGCGUGUGACAAGGGAGAGAGGGGACCCAUUGGCCUCCAGGGCAAGAAGGGGAAUUCUGGAGAUGAUGGGAACCCAGGUGUUAAAGGAUCGAAGGGUGAGGGCGGGCUCAGUGGACUUCCUGGUCGAAAUGGGGAAGAGGGCAAGCCGGGCUACAAAGGAGAGCAGGGGGAGAGUGGAGAAUGUGGCACACCUGGAAUCAAAGGAGACAGGGGGCCUGAGGGGCCAGUUGGCACCAGGGGAAACAGAGGGCUACAGGGGUUACCUGGUCCAAAUGGCGAUGCCGGGCCUGAGGGUCUCAUAGGGAAAAAAGGUGAGCGGGGACUUUCUGGGCCACCUGGAAUACAAGGAGAAACUGGGAUCGGGCUUCCUGGACCCAAGGGUGAUGUGGGGUUCCAGGGGCGACUGGGGCCUCCGGGACCACCUGGCAUAGGGGAACCUGGACUACCGGGGCCUCAAGGGCCACAUGGCGUCCAAGGAGAGAAGGGUCCUAUAGGAGAAGGCUUCGCCGGGCCAAAGGGGGACCGGGGCCUGGAGGGGCCGAGGGGACCCAGAGGACAGCCCGGCGCUGGACUGAAAGGAGACAAGGGUGGCUUUGGCCCUCCAGGUUUUCCAGGGCCUGUCGGCCUGCCAGGCCUGGGCAUUCAGGGGGAGAAGGGUAUAGAGGGGCCACGGGGGCCACCAGGGGGCAGGGGCCCACAAGGAGAUGGAUAUCCAGGGCCCAAGGGUGACCAGGGCUUACCAGGGGAGCUUGGUUCAACAGGAGAGAGAGGGGCUGGCGAACCUGGGGCUAAGGGUGAGCCAGGAGCGUCAGGAUUGGCUGGUUUUCCUGGCCUCCCAGGAGAGGAUGGGGCCCCGGGACAGAAGGGUGAACCAGGUGUUGGUGGUCUGAGGGGACCAGAGGGAGCUGCGGGGAUUGGCACCCAGGGUGAGAAGGGAGACCAGGGCCAGAGGGGCAUUCGGGGCUUGGGUGGGCCUCCUGGAAUCGCCGGGCCCUCUGGAGCAAAGGGGGAGCCUGGGACACCAGGUCGACUGGGUAUGCCAGGACUUCCAGGGCGGGGAAUCAUAGGACCUAAGGGCAAUCUUGGCCCACCUGGUUCAUCUGGACCAAUAGGAGAGACAGGCUACGGGCUGCCUGGUCCUAAGGGUGAUCGUGGAGGUCCUGGUCCGUCUGGUCCAUUUGGGCCCAAAGGCGAUGGUUAUCCUGGCCCUACGGGAACUCCUGGUCUACCGGGGCUUCCUGGUGAACCAGGCCUGGAGGGGCUGGGCAUCCCUGGACCGAAGGGUGAUAUUGGCUUCAGGGGCUUUCCAGGUUUAGCAGGCCCCCCCGGCGAGGGGCUACAAGGUCUACCGGGUGGCACUGGACGACCGGGCCCCCCAGGGCCAACGGGGCCCCCUGGGCAGGGUAUUCAGGGGCCAAAGGGCGAGGCAGGGUCUCAGGGCGUGACGGGCCCUCGGGGACCACCAGGGGAAGGAUUCACAGGGGCCAAGGGUGACCGCGGCUCUGGAGGGGAGAGGGGCCUGAAGGGGGUCAAAGGUGAUUUGGGUGACCCUGGAGUUCCUGGCCAAUCAGGCAGACCAGGGUUCAAAGGCGACAUGGGCCUCACAAGAGAAGACAUCAUUAAAAUGAUCAAGGAGAUUUGUGGUUGCGGAAUCAAAUGCAAGGAGCGGCCCAUGGAGCUGGUGUUCGUCAUUGACAGCUCGGAGAGCGUGGGGCCGGAGAACUUUGAGAUCAUCAAGGACUUUGUGGCGGCCCUGGUGGACCGCGUGACGGUGGGCCGCAACGCCACCCGCAUCGGCCUGGUCCUCUACAGCCUGGAGGUCAAGCUAGAGUUCAACCUGGCGCGCCACAUGACCAAGCAGGACGUCAAACAGGCCAUACGAAAAAUCCCUUAUAUAGGUGAGGGCACCCACACGGGCACCGCCAUCCGCAAGGCCACCCAGGAUGCCUUCUACAGCUCGCGCAAGGGGGUCAGUAAAGUGGCUAUAGUUAUUACGGACGGACAGACGGAUAAGCGGGAGCCGGUGAAGCUGGAUAUUGCGGUUCGGGAGGCACAUGCAGCCAACAUCGAGAUGUACGCAUUGGGGAUCGUGAACACGUCAGACCCCACGCAGCUCGAGUUCCUGAGGGAGCUCAACCUGAUCGCGUCGGACCCUGAUAGUGAACACAUGUACCUCAUUGAUGACUUCAACACGCUGCCAGCUCUGGAGUCCAAGCUCGUCAGCAAGUUCUGUGAAGACGAGAACGGUGGUCUGAUAUACAACCGUGUCACCAACGGCUACGGCAACAAUGGAUACAGGAACGGGAACAAUGGGAACUAUGGCAACGGGGGCAAUGGCUAUGGAACCACCAACCAGGAGGACUUCAACAGGAGGCGAACAGUCACCACUACCGGCACUCAAAGUCAGGGUGGCAGGGUAGACCUGACCCAGCCUAUCAACCCUGGCACUGCCACAGUACAGGUCGAGAAAGGGCAGCGUGAGGGAGGCCAGGAUGGAGGUGUUUACACCCCAGAUUGGGGGACUGGUCGCGGGGACGUUCCCACGUUGAACCGCAACACAUCCUCCUCCUCCAGGGAUUCCUCAUCUUCCAAUACAGGAGGGUCCUCUUCCUCAUCAUCAUCAGGAACGUCAUCUUCAUCCUCAGGGUCCUCAGGCUCUGUCCAGUUAGUGCCUGCAUCACGACCCGCACUUCCCAAAGAGUAUGUGCCUCUGGACCCUCGCUGUGCACUGGUCCUAGACCAGGGCCCCUGUCGGGACUACAAAAUGCGCUGGUACUAUGACAAGCAGGCCAACGCAUGCGCCCAGUUCUGGUACGGAGCCUGUGAGGGGAACCAGAACCGCUUCGACACAGAGGACGAGUGUAAGAGGACAUGCGUGCAAGGCAGGGCAGGCUGAGAAGACAUCUCACUCAAUUCAGUCUAUAAAUGGAUGUUCCAUGGCACCAUGUACUUCACGAUGGAAGGAGGUCAAGUCAUGACAGUAUGUUGUACUAUUGGAUAAAUGCUUGUUUGACACUCCCUAGUCCCCCCCCUACCCUUGAACUAAAACUCUACGCACUUAUUAUAAAUAUUCAUAUACUAAUUCCAGUGUCUGAUUUGAACUUUAAUUUUACCGCCAAUCUCUGUAAAAUGUUUCAUUAAAGGUCCAAUGCAGCCGUUUUUAUCUCAAUAUCAAAUCAUUUCUGGAUGACAACUAAGUACCUUACUGUGGUUUGGAACUCUUUCUUAUUGGUCUAUUAACUAAUUUACCACCUGGUGAUGUCACCAUGGAAGGCCAAAACUCUAUCCCACCAAAACAGGCUGAAAUUUCAGGCACUCUUUCAAACAACUCUUACACUAAAGGGGCAUUAUCAAUAUUUUCACAAUAAUCUUUCAGCCUCAUAAUGUGGAAACAUAUUUAUAAAACACAGGCACAUCUAGUUUUUGACUGCACUGGGCCUUUAAUUUAACAUUACCAUUUUCAUUCCAAAUGAAUGGAUAGCUCAUCAUAUAACAAUUUUAUCACACAAUUCAGUCAAUCUCACUCAGGUAUGUAGUUAAGAAAUAGUAGAAAAUACCACUCAGUAUUAGACACUGAUUAAUUAAUACAUACAGUUGAAAUUGGAAGUUAACAUGCACCUUACCAAAUACAUUUGAUCAAAUUCAAAUACUUUUUUCACAAUUCCAGUUUUUCAAAUGUACUCCUAGAAGGUCUUAGGUCAGUCAGGAUCACCACUUUUUAAUUUUAAGAAUGUGAAAUGUCAGAAUAAUAGUAGAGAGAAUUAUUUAUUUCAGCUUUUAUUUCUUUCAUCACAUUCCCAG